CACCGUCUUUCUCGUAAAUCUUAUCCACUCUCUUCCGCCAGGUGUGUUCGGUGCUAAUGGCGACAGCCACCGUUAACCAUUUCUGUUUCAACUCGUUCAAACCAACCAGGACGGCAACUCGGUCCGAGUCUCCCAGACUUAGCGCUCACUCGGUCAGGUGCUGUAGCAGUACUAGUAGUAGUACGGGAAUCGCCGAAGCGGAGCGAGUGACGGUGAAGAACGGGAAGGAUUCGCUGGAGAUAUGCAGAGUGCUGAACGGAAUGUGGCAGACGAGCGGCGGAUGGGGAAGAAUCGACCGAAACGACGCCGUCGACGCCAUGCUUCGCUACGCCGAUGCCGGUCUCUCCACCUUCGACAUGGCCGAUCACUAUGGCCCGGCUGAAGAUUUGUAUGGUCUUUUCAUCAACCGGGUUCGCCGAGAGCGCCCACCGGAGUUCUUGGAUACGGUUAAAGGUCUUACAAAGUGGGUGCCGCCGCCUGUUAAGAUGACGAGUGGUUAUGUAAGGGAGAACAUCGAUCUUUCUCGGAGGAGAAUGGAUGUCCCUGCAUUGGACAUGCUUCAGUUUCAUUGGUGGGAUUAUUCAAAUUCUGGUUACCUUGAUGCCUUAAAACACCUUACAGACUUGAAAGAAGAAGGUAAAAUUAAGACUAUUGCCUUGACAAACUUUGACACGGAGAGACUACAAAUAAUCUUGGAAAAUGAUAUUCCUGUUGUAAGCAAUCAGGUGCAACAUUCAAUUGUUGACAUGCGUCCACAACAGAAAAUGGCAGAGCUCUGCCAGCUUACUGGAGUGAAACUUAUAACGUAUGGUACAGUAUUGGGUGGUCUAUUAUCUGAAAAGUUCCUAGACACCAACUUGUCUAUUCCAUUUGCUGGUCCUCCACUAAAUACUCCCUCGCUUCAAAAGUAUAAACGGAUGAUUGAUGCUUGGGGAGGAUGGAAUCUGUUUCAAGUUUUGCUUCAGACCCUCAAAAGAGUGGCUUCAAAACACGGGGUCUCAAUUCCAACAGUUGCUGUUAGAUACAUACUUGAUCAACCGGCUGUGGCAGGAUCAAUGAUCGGUGUACGACUUGGGUUGUCGGAGCAUAUCCGAGACUCGAAUGCCAUCUUCUCUCUUUCUCUUGAUGAAGAAGAUGUGAAUAGCAUACAGGGAGUUUCUCAAAAAGGUAAAGAUCUGCUUAGAGUAAUCGGUGACUGCGGCGAUGAAUACAGGCGUAUUUGAACUCAUACAUUGAUAAGAUAUUGCAAGUCAAACUCCAGUCUGUGUUUUGUAACUUGUAAGCCGGAGCAAAUUUUGUACGUUUUAUAUGCCUUGUGCAUAUUUAUUAAAUUAUACUUGUAAAGGAAGAUUGUGGGUGAUUCAAGUACAAUCCAAAAGCUCAAAAAAAAAAAAAAAAAUUGUAUAAGAAAUUAAACUUUAUGCUCUCCAGAGUUCGUUU